UCUGUUCAUGAUUUUGUUGACCAGGCAUCACGUUGGAACUACUGAAUAAAUUUAAAUAAAACUUGGCGUGAAUAGAGACCAUAAUACGAAGGAGGUUAAAGGAUACUUUUAUUGCUAAAAUAAACAUGGAUGGCGGUGAAAUAGGGUUUGAAAGUUAGUAUGGAAAGUCCUUUAACUAGUAUAAUACUAAAAUAAUGUAUUCAAGAUUUUUCGAAAAUCUACCCCUAAAGCUACUAAAGGGUUGAAGUUUUUUUUCUACAUAAAUUGUUCAGGUUUCGAGUUAUCUUUUUGUUAAAUGAUUAGUGGACUAUUUAUUAUAUAUAAAACAUGCUAAAAUAUUAUUAGGAAGGGGUGAAAUAGGGAUUAAAAAAUUAUAUCGAAUUUCACGCGGACGGAGUUGCGGAAAUCCCUCUAGUAAUAGAAUAUUUUGAACGUACAAUUUUUCUUCAUUCACCAUCCAAAUUUGAAGAGGCGCAAAGUUCUUGACGUUUUCAUUACAAAUUAAUGAAAUUCCCCGAAUUAUUAAAACAUCACCUGACUCGGCUGUCCAAUCAGGGGCUCGUUUUGAAAAAUGGAAGUCAAGUUUAAUAUACGCCAAAAGGAUCGCUGCUAUUUGAAAAAUGAUAUUAAUAUAUGAGCUUCGGAACUGGUGGCAAUUUCAGAUAGGUAAGUAUGUGAAAACUGCCCUUAAUGGCUCAGUGGUUAGCCUUUGUGGCACUAUGUUACAUUAUGGUUAGGGUAACACUAUAUCUAAAUACACUCCGACUGACUAACUGACACUAUUAAGAUAAUAGAUGGUAUAGGUAUAGUAUACGACGCAUAUGUCUGUUGAUAUAUUUUUAUAUUUCCUUUUAUUUUAUCUUUAUAAUAAUAGUUUUAGGUAGUUAAUUUUGUUAGGUAAAUUGUAACAAACGCCUCCUUGAAAAGAAUAGAAUAAAAAGGUAGAAUAGUUUUAUUUUUAUUCAGAACUAGCGGACGACCGCGACUUCGUCCGCGUAAAACUCGAUGUAAACUUUCAACUACCCCUACCCUACCGCUACCCUACCCCUAAACUACCCCUACCCUUCCUCUACCCUACCUCUACCCUACCCUACCCUACCCUACUCCUACCCUACCUCUACCCAUACCCUACCCCUGAAUUUUAAUUUUUUUCUGUCAUAAAAACCUAACAAUAACAAACAAUCAGAAAAAAUUACAGCAGUGAGUGCUUGUAAUUUAAUAUGAACUUUAUACAAUAACAAUAAAGCUCAAAUUGAAUACGUUUUCGUUAGAAAACAUUUGUAUGGGAAAAGAAAAGGGCUAUUUUUAUGGUUUUUCCGGCAAUUAUUUUCUCGUAGUAAAAAACAUCCUAGAACUUAAACAAACAUUUAAAAAAAAGAAUUGGCCAAAUUGGUCCAGGCGUUGUUGAGUUAUGCGCUUCCUAACGCAUUUUGCGAUUCAUUUUUAUAUUAUAGAAGAAUACAUUAAGGAACUUAAACUAAGUUAUCGUAAUAACUAUACAAUCACAUAUCAGGCCCUCGUGAAAGAACCUCCGCCUUCGACUUGUAAUUAUGAAUCCGGUCCGGGCCAUACACUCUGUGCGUAUUCAAAAAUUAAAUAUUGUAAUUUGUAAUCUGUAUUUUUGUGGUAAAAAAGUCAAAGUUUAACAUUUUUUAUUAUAAGUAAAUAUUUGUUGGCGGUUUAAAUAGAACGGUAAAGUUAUUCUCUAUAUUCUCCCCUGCACGACGUGGUAUUUCAUUUUAAAAUACGUGCGAUACUUAAGCCGUCGUAAUGUUUUUAGUAGGUCGGCAUCUUUCGAAUUUUGGUAUUUUUUGGGGAUUUUUGGGGGGCAGGGUAUACGUGGCGUUUAUUUAUUUACCCGGUUGCUAUCAUGAGCGUUCAAAUGGGUAUGAUGUUGUUUUUGAACCCUCAAUAAAAUAAAAAUCCGCAGUCCGCAUUGGUGGACUAUUAGCCUAACCCUUAUCUAAGAUGAGACUCAUGCUCACUCAUCUCGACUACUAGACAAUACAGUAUUAGCACAUAAUACAUAAUAGUAGAUUAUUACAAACCAGUGUGCUUUACUUGGACACAAACUUAACACAAAUGAGGCGUUAGUGUGUCGGAUUCCUUACGUGUUUCUCAGAGAUGAUAAUGAGAACAGGUUUUCAAAUGUCUUGAGCUUGUCCUCAGAUUGUAAGGCCGCGUGCUGGAGUACGCAGUUUCUAUGAAUAUGUAAAGUUAUUUAAACAUAUUAUUAUAUUAAAAAAAUUGUUAACUUUCUGUGAAUCGUCUCAUUUUAUAAUUAUAGAAAUGUUGUUGUCAGGCCUUCUGGUGGCAACACUGUUUUCAGUGGCACAGUCAGAGACGACCAGCACAGAUGAAUUGGAAAAGUUCCUGUUAGAGGCAAUUCAAAGUAACGAGACUUAUUACGAUGUUGAUUUUGGAGAUUCCAAUGAAAAACCCUGCGAUCCAUUUGAGAAUGAAAUGCCUGACUACAAGAAAGCGGGCCGCAGGAUAAGUGAAACAAAAUGCUUGGAAUACAUUUGGGAAAUGGAAAAUCGUGACAAAGAAGUGCAGUGGGGACAGAGAUGUCGGAUUUACCUCAUUUCUCAAAUAAAGAAAGGUGUUAUGCCAGAAUUUUUUUUCUUAAUAAAUUCACCCGUCAUAUUUGGCGGACGACCAGCAUCGCAUGGGGAAUUCCCACACAUGGGCGCCAUUGGAUGGAAAUCAAAGAGUGGUUCACCGGAAUGGCUCUUCAAAUGUGGUAGUACACUCAUCAGUGAGAAGUUUGCGCUGACAGCGGCCCAUUGCUCCAGGUUGUCGUUGAGGCAGUCUCCUGACGUCAUCAAUUCAACACCAGAAAUUGUACGGUUUGGUGUUGAGAAUAUUGCUGAUGAUGAGUUUAACAUACAUGGUAAUCCAAUAGACGUAAAUAUCAAAAAUUUCAUCAACCAUCCAGACUACAAGUCACCAAUGAAGUAUUACGAUAUAGCCGUCAUAGAGUUCGAAUCACCGGUACAGUUCAAAGGCAACUUACACCCAGCGUGCUUAUGGCCCUAUUCUGAUACUAGCCACCUCGGCACUGAGGCCAUCUUAACUGGUUGGGGAUACACUGAAGGUGGCAAACAUCCUACUGAGCUUCAGACAGCUGUGGUUGACAUCAUUGACACGCCGAAGUGCGACAGUAUUCUCGAAAUGUUUCAUAACAGAAAUUGGGGUGGGUUCAAGGAAAACCAGAUGUGCGCUGGUAAGCUUGUUGGUGGCAUUGAUACGUGUCAGGGUGACUCCGGUGGUCCCUUACAAGUGAAGGUGCCCUUGAAGACUGAAGGGAACAUAUACCAGAUCCUUGGAGUUACCUCCUUUGGUAUUAGAUGCGGACAAAAAAACCGUCCCGGCAUAUACACGCGGGUCUCCAGCUUCAUAGAUUGGAUUGAAGACAAGGUUUGGGGACACGACACUGAAUCAACUAUAAUUUGACAUCAGUUUACAUUGAACUAAGAACUUGAUGUACUAAGUACCUUAAGUUCUCAAUAGCUCAACGGUAAGAGCGGUCGGACUUAUCAUCAAGGGGUGGUGGUUCGAUCCCCGCCCCGUUGGUCUAUUGUCGUACCCACUCCUAACACAGUCUUUCCCGACUAGUUGGAUGGGAAUUGGAAUAUUGGUCAUAUUAAAAAAUAUAUAUAUGGGAAAUAUUCUUUAUUUAAAUAAAAAAAAAUGUACUAAGUAACUUAGUGUAGUGUGAAGAACUUAGUGUACCAAAGUGAAUUGGAUUUUGAAAUAUGUAUGCUUUUCAAGUUACUGCGACAGACAAAAGUUAAUUGUAUCCCUUAUCCUUUUAUCCUUAUUUUAUCCUUAUUAACCUUUUAUCUCUAGGAAUAAGGUCAGAAGGGUGGCAUAAAGAUAAUGAAAAUUGCUUUACUUUAAAUACUAAAUGUUUAAUUACUAAAGAUAUCGAAUAAGUUAUAAAUAUUUUUUAUUUAGAUAAAACAACUCUUUCAUUUCAA